UCUAUUACGUCUGCCAUAACAACAGUCCACUUUCAGCACAUUAAAAUUGUAAAUUGGGGGUCUGGCUGUCGACGUCGCGUUCUGGCCUCAGUUUGUUCAGUUCACUUUCAAUCACCCCAUAAAAAGGAGGUGUGCCCGGUGUCGGCUUCUAACAUUUUGUUCAGUGAGAAAUGGCUUUAGUGAGACUUUUGGCUGCCGAGGGACGCAAUGCGUUACAGCGAGGCUACUGCACGGCGGCCAUUCCGACGACCAAAAUGUUCAUCGAUGGCAAAUUCGUCGAUUCAAAAACCACCGACUGGAUAGAUCUCCACGAUCCGGCAACAAACAAGGUCGUAACGCGAGUGCCAAAAUGUACCAAGGAUGAAAUGAAUGCGGCCGUGGAAUCCUCCAAAAAAGCCUUCAAGACCUGGAGUCAGACAUCAAUUCUCGGAAGGCAACAAGUGAUGUUCAAGCUGCAACAUCUUAUCCGAAACAAUAUGUCCGAGCUGGCUAAGAACAUUACUAAAGAACAGGGCAAAACUUUGAUCGAUGCUGAGGGUGACGUUUUAAGAGGGUUGCAGGUCGUGGAACACUGCUGUAGUAUUACUUCGUUGCAAAUGGGAGAAACUGUGUCGAACAUAGCGAAAGAUAUGGACACUUACUCGUACACUCUUCCAUUGGGUGUAACGGCCGGUAUCUGUCCCUUCAAUUUCCCAGCUAUGAUACCGCUAUGGAUGUUCCCGGUUGCCAUUACCACUGGUAAUACCAGUAUCAUCAAGCCUUCGGAGCGCGUUCCAGGAGCUACCAUGAUGUUGAUGGAGCUACUGAACGAAGCUGGUUGUCCACCAGGAGUCGUGAACGUUAUUCAUGGGGCUCAUGAUGCGGUAAACUUCGUUUGCGAUCAUCCCGACAUUAAAGCAGUUUCGUUCGUUGGUUCGGAUCAAGCGGGCAAAUAUAUCUACGAACGGGCGGGGCGUAAUGGAAAACGUGUUCAGUCGAAUAUGGGAGCCAAGAACCAUGGUGUCAUUAUGGCCGAUGCCAAUAAGGAAAAUACACUGAAUCAACUAGCGGGAGCUGCUUUUGGUGCUGCCGGUCAGAGAUGUAUGGCUUUGUCGACCGCCGUAUUCGUGGGCGAGGCUAAGAACUGGAUUCCCGACCUGGUGGAACGUGCCCGUCAAUUGAAAGUGAACGCCGGGCACAUACCCGGAACUGAUCUUGGUCCAGUAAUUUCUCCACAAUCAAAACAGAGAAUUAACGAGCUGGUUGAGUCUGGUAUCAAGGAAGGUGCCAAGGUAGUCUUAGAUGGACGUAACAUAAAGGUCGAAAACUUUGAAAAGGGUAAUUUCGUUGGACCAACCAUUAUUACUGAUGUAAAACCGAAUAUGAAGUGUUAUACUGAGGAAAUCUUUGGACCGGUGUUGGUCUGUCUCACCGCUGAUACUUUAGAUGAUGCGAUCGAAGUCAUCAACAAGAAUCCGUACGGCAAUGGAACGGCAAUAUUUACGACGAACGGUGCUACAGCUAGAAAGUUCGUGAACGAGAUCGAUGUUGGCCAAGUUGGUGUGAAUGUACCGAUUCCGGUUCCUCUGCCGAUGUUCUCGUUCACUGGUACGCGUGGUAGCUUUAUGGGUGAUUGCCACUUCUACGGAAAACAGGGUAUCAAGUUCUAUACUCAAACGAAAACUGUUACUCAGCUGUGGCGCGAAGGAGACGUUUCGCAUACAAAGGCCUCUGUUGCAAUGCCAACCAUGAAGUGAAUUAUGGGGAGUUGUGAAAAAUUUGUCUUCCGAAAACGGUGUGCAUUUAAUAGAAUUACGAAUUGUCUGUCAUUUAAAAAAUGCCAACAAGCUACAAGAAAUUACCUUGCAUUUAUAUCAGUUGAUAUUGAAUUUUAAUAAAUCAUUUUAAGAAA